GAGAGAGAGAGCGAGAGAGAGACGGGGAGGGAGGGAGAGAGAGAGAGUGGAGUUGCUGGGCCUGGUAAGGGAAAAAAAACGUCCUGAAAAGAUAGUCCAAGCGGAUUUCGUCUGUUUGCUUACGGCACAUCCGAGCUUGCAGAAAGGUGUAUUUCUUACCGGCGUACCAGCUUUAAUUCCCACGCCCGAUUCGAUUCGGACUUUACACUAAAGAACAGGCCUCGGAGGUGAGAAGUCUUGACCAGAAUGGGAUGAUUACCCUGCCGGAGGGGAACGCGCUUACUCUGCAGAGACCGAAAGACUCCAUGAAAGAUGACAGAAGAGGUCAUAGUUAUAGCCAAGUGGGACUACACGGCCCAGCAGGACCAAGAACUUGACAUCCGGAAAAAUGAGCGUCUUUGGCUGCUGGACGACUCCAAGACGUGGUGGAGGGUGCGGAAUGCCUCCAAUAAGACGGGCUACGUCCCCUCGAACUACGUGGAGCGCAAGAACAGCCUGAAAAAGGGCUCAUUGGUGAAGAACCUUAAGGACACAUUAGGUCUGGGCCGGACCAAGCGGAAGACCAGCGCCCGCGACGCCUCGCCGACGCCCAGCACGGAGGCGGAGUUCCCGGCCAAUGGGAGCAGCGGGGCCGAGCGCAUCUAUGACCUCAACAUCCCGGCGCUCGUCAAGUUCUCCUACGUGGCGGAGCGGGAGGACGAGCUGACCCUGGUGAAGGGCACGCGCGUGAUGGUGAUGGAGAAGUGCAGUGACGGCUGGUGGCGGGGAAGCUUCACGGGCCAGGUGGGCUGGUUCCCCUCCAACUACGUGCUGGAGGAGAGCGAGGAGGCGUCAGGGGAGGCGCCCAGUUACCUGUCCUCGAGACCGGGGGCGACGGUCAGCAACGGCCAGGGCCACAAGGUCCUGCAUGUGGUCCAAACUCUGUACCCCUUCAGCUCGGUGACGGAUGAGGAGUUGAACUUUGAGAAGGGGGAGAUCAUGGAGGUGAUGGAGAAACCACAGAACGACCCCGAGUGGUGGAAGUGUAAGAACGCUCGCGGCCAGGUGGGCCUGGUGCCCAAGAACUACGUAGCCAUCGUGAGCGACGGCCGGGGGCCCCCUGGGGGCCUCCACUCGCCACAGGCCAGGCGCACGGGGCCCUCGCGCACCGGCAAGUUUGCUGGCAAGGAUUGGUACUACGGUAACGUCACACGGCACCAGGCGGAGUGCGCUCUCAACGAGCGGGGCGUGGAGGGAGACUUCCUGGUGCGGGACAGCGAGUCUUCGCCCAGUGACUUCUCUGUGUCCCUGAAGGCCCCAGGGAAGAACAAGCACUUCAAGGUGCAGCUGUCGGAGGGCUCCUUCUGCAUCGGCCAGAGGCGAUUCACCACCAUGGACGAGCUGCUGGAGCACUACAAGAAGGCGCCCAUCUUCACGAGCGAGCGUGGCGACAAGCUGUACCUCAUCAAGCCGCUGCUGUGACCCUCCCCUCUCCGGGACGCUGCCCUGUCAGAACCCGCACCUCACCUCGACCAGUCAGAGCUGUCUCUAUGAGCCUUUCCUGCCCACUCCCCUCCUUCCCAAUUUUUAUUUUUUAUUUUUUCCCCCGGGUUGGUCGACCAACGCAAAGAACAGCUGACCGGCAGCAUGGCCAGGCCCCGCCCACGAGACCCUGCCCAUGGCUGAGUCUGUCGCUGAGUCAGUUUUAUUUAAGUGUCUCUCAUGCCUGUCUGUCUCUUGGGCCUUUUGCUUCUUUGGAUCCUUUUCUGAGUUCUAUACUACAGAUCGAGGACAGUGCCCUCACCGAGUGACUGCUGCAUGAGCGUGCUCCAGCCCUCGCUCUGACGGCAGGGAUAUUUUCGUCCGGCAGUGUUGUUCUACGUCUAGCCUCUGGGGGGCGCACUAGAGUAACUGCGCUCACCUCCCCUCCAAGCCAAACCUGACGUCACCACUGCGUUCCUGCACAUCGGAACCAUCCAGUCUUUGAGGAUUUUUUUUUUUUCCUCAUUUAUUAUGUAGACGCCGGCAGGAGUUGGUAACGCUCACUGAUAUGACACAGAUUUUACGUGGUUUUGGUUCUGUGCAGCACCGAUGUGGCUGCGGGAUAUUUCUGGCACUUUUAAGCGCCGUCUAUUUGAGGACCCCACCCCCCCUCCGCCUCUUUUGGGGGUUUACGCCAAACUCCAAAUGCUGCACCGCCCAGCACUUCAGAACACAGCACGCUACGGCUUUAACGCGCCUCAAGAUUGUACAGCGGGUCGACAGAACCGACUCCCCUCCCCACCCUGCGGAGUUUCGGGAGGUGGGGAGAAUGGACCCCCUCCCAGUCGGGACCUGAAUGUCUGUCAGUACAACCAAACGUGCCACCCCCAUACUGUCUGUGCACUACUGCUUUCCAGCACCAUUCUUUAGUUUCUUUUCUUUCAGUUAUAGCUGACUGUCUACACUAAUUCUGUAUUAAGGAGGAAGGAAAAAAGAUGUUCUUAUUUACAUUUGCAAUGUCUGUUUACCUACAAGAGUCUGCUGAACAACUGGCUUCCCAGAUCUUUUAGAUGUUUUUGAGCAUUAUUAUUUAAUUCUUGUUUCCAUUGUAUGUAUAUUUAAAUCAUGAGGUGCAAAUAUAAAUUUGUUCAGAUCCAGCAGUGUAAGGUGCUGUACCUUUUGACAGUGUGUUGAGAACUAAAAUACUUUUGUUCAAUUAAAUUUUUUUUUCAAAA